AUGGGUGGAGGAGACCCCGAUGUAGUACUACAUAGUGUCACCCAGCAGGUGAUGGCAGAGAUGGCCACGAGUUCAAGGGAGCAGAGCUGCACGAUGGAGCAAUUCACACAGAUGAGACCCUCGUUGUUCUUUGGAGGGCCUGACCCAUUGGUAGCUGAGAAUUGUGUUCAGGAUAUAGAAGAUAUGUUGAUAGUUCUCUCAUGUACAGAUGAGCAAAAAGUACUGUUUGCGACAUUCAAAUUGACUGAGGAAGCUAAACGUUGGUGGAGAUCAGCAAGACUAUUAGAGGAGCAGAGACUUGAGCCUAUAGCGGUGACAUGGAGCUGCUUCAGGGAAAUCUCUUUUGAGAGAUACUUCCCUGCUAUUGUUAGAAGUGCGAAGGUAGUAGAGUUCUUGCACUUGACGCAGGGAUCGAUCACAGUAUCGCAGUAUGCAGCUAGAUUUAUUAAGUUGUCUCGGUUUGCCCCAUAUUUGGUGCCGGAUGAGGAGAGGAAGGUGAGGAAGUUCGAGGAGGGCCUUAGACAGAGCUUGUUUGAGCAGGUUGUAGGUCCCAAACUUUUGCAGAGAUAG